UUUCUUGUGUGUUUGUCGAAGUAUUAGUUGUGACGAGUACAGAAACUGAGAAAGGAACUUCACACCGGGGGUGCGCUGAAGCAGCUGUUGGCUUUACUGUGCUGACACAAGUUCUGUGUGCCUUGUGCAACCCAGCCUCACUCAUCAACCAGUUUACCUGCUGCGCUCGUAGAUCUACUACACCUAAACUAAAGUCCUUGUCUGGUCGCUGUCGAUGUCUGUUGUGCAACUCGUGUGCACUCGCGAGAGGUUGACGUGGGCGAAGACCGACGAUCAAGAAAAUAACCGACACUGGGCAACACUGGUCUGUGCGUCAGCUGGGAUACCGGCAGAAACAGGAUCGGAGUUGCUUUGUAGGUGCGAAAAAGUGAGCUUUCUUUGUUUGAGCUUUCACAUCACCGUUGAACAGUGUGUUGCGUACCGCUGAACGGCACACACCUUGCCUGAUAGGUUAUCAAGAUCAUGGAGGGCAAUCGUCACCAGAAGCUGGCGCGGAAAGCGGCCAGUAGUGGCGAGUUUCGUGUCGACCCGGCUGUGGCAAGCCAUCGCAGCACCGUCGUUCGCCGUGCAGUGGCAGCAGACGAAGCCGACGACAGUGGCUGCAGCGUUUGCACAUCCAGUCCUGAACCAGGAGAGGCCGAGAGCAGAAAUGGCGAAGCUGGUAUGUCGCCUUCCAGUUCGAUAGGCAGUAGCAGGAGCUCGUCGGAUCGUGAAUCUUUGGCUUCUAAAUCCAGCACUGAGCAACAGGAGCGCACGCGAGGCAGUUCAGAGGACGUCAGCAUCGCCAACUGCAGCGCUCAUGGCGGAAGUUCUUCCGAUGAACAACAUUGCAGUAUGCAGUCGAAUGCCAGUAACAACAUGCCAGACCAAGACGUGGACCACUUGCAGAAGUCAUGUUCUUGCCAGAGGCCAUGUCUGUGUGAGCCAUUUAAACGGAAUACCAGUCAAACACUGGCAUGCCAGCAAAAUGGACUGUCCCUGUCACAUGAUUUUCCACGUCACCUGGUUACCAGCAAUCCCCUUACGGGAGAUGAUGACCCGCAAAGCCCGUCAAGUUCCCUGCAGCCAAACAGCAGCUCAUCCAGUAAUAACUGUUCGCCGCGGUCAUUCCCUCCGCGUUCAUUUCCGAUGACCGCCGUCUCUACGCCAACCUGCCAGUCGGAGAAUGGUAGCAAGAAGACCCCCGGUGCGACUGAGCUGUUUGAGGGAUCUGGCGAGAUAACACCUGCCUAUUUGAGGAUACGCCACCAUCGUCCAGUCACGUCGCAGCGCAGCCUUCCAGUUAUCGGCCUGCGCAGCCCGCGGAGGCAGAGCUUUCCGGGAUGCGCACUACCCUUUUGCGAGAGUGAAGAUGAACUUCAGCGGGAAGAUGAUGCCAUUGAGUAUCUGCACCGUCAGGAGGUCAGCCUGAAGGCAAAAAUUGAUUCGUUGGAAAGAGAUCGAAGUCUGACACUGGACAGAUCGUCUAGGUUUAAACAUGACCUAGCAGAGAAAGUUCGAGAGAUACAUGCCUUGGAGGAUAAGCUGCGGGAGAACGAGGGAAAGUAUCAAGAUGAGAAGCGAGCGGAAGAGCUGAAGGCCCGGGUGAAAAUGGCCCAGACAGAGAGGAAGGCUGCACAGCAACUUGACAUGGUGCGGCAGUUACUAGCUCAGUCCGACGAAGCUCAAACAGAACUUCGUGCAUCUGAAACAGCACUGCGAGAUCAGAUAAAGGCAGCCAAAGAGGAACAUGAAUGUCUGGAAGACACCAACAUCCAGAUGAAACGUAAACUGGACUUGCUCGGCCAGGAGCUAUGCAGCCAACAGGAGCAGCACCGCAAAGAAGCAGAUCGGUGUAAACGAACAAUAGCUGACUUGAAGGAGCAAAUUUCAAAUUCGACGCAGCAAAAUGAAGCUUGGGAGAAACGCUACAACAGACUGGAGAAGUCCAGUACGAUGCGCAUGAGCGUGUCCUCUUCGGAUGAGCUCUAUGCCCGGAUGCAAAGUCUUGAGAAGGAGCUAGCUGAUGAAAAGUGCAAGAAUGAUGAGCUCUACUCUGUGCUGGUCCUCCAAGGCAAGGCACUGGUUAUGGAGGAGACUGAAUCUCUAGCUGCUGAAUUGGAGGCACAGUCCAAGGAUGAGCUAUUGUCGGCACUUCGCGAUGAGCAGCUUCACUCGCGACGUCUCAAUCACUAUGUUGGCUCGCUCUUGUCGAUUGUUAUUGAGAAGUGCCCAGAACUUCUGGAGGUGCAGCUGCAGUAACAUGGCCUCUGGUGAUGAUUCCCAUCCCCGACAUUAAGAUUCAUGUCAAUAUCCUGAGUAUCGCCGACACGCACUGGAACUGUCACCAGUAUGUACCCACACGCACGAGCGCGCGUACACACACACACCAUCGUCUGGCUUGACUGCACUGAGCUCUGAACGCUCCCAAUCCCGCUCCGUUGGCAUGUGCACAUGCCUGAACUGUUUUAGAAUUCUGGUAGAAUAAGUGUGCGUAUCGUUGGCGUCGUCAAGACAACAUAAGCAAGCGGAGUGUCCAACUUUGCUUGGUUAUGCCCAUGGUGGGAUUUUAUGUUGACACCAACUUUUCUGGGAGUAAAAUGUAUUUACUGUGAGUCUUUGGCCACGUGAACUCUGCAGGGUUUCACUAACUAGCUUGCAAUAUGAGUUCAUGUAUGAUCGGAAAGGUACAGUGGCUGGAGAAAUCAUUUAAAAAAAAUUGUUUUGAAAGCGGCAAGAACGAAAAACCCAUGCCGGGUGACGUCAACAAACCUCCCACCCUGGACCAGACCAGCGGCGCAGCUGCGCACGGUGUUUAUGUACUCUUGGAGGCGUGUAUUUGCUGUCGCUCUUACCCUGCCCUAUAUAUAAUAUAUCUAUCUAUCUGUCUACUGUUGCUGCUGCUAUACAUGUAAGCGACGGUCGUCAGUCAGUCAGUCUUGUGUGAUUUCAUUGCUUCAAACAUACCCUUAUACAUGUAGCGGGUAGAACGGAUCACGGUCAUCAGCUAAGUCUCCGGCAUUGGCCACAAUGGACCGUUUGGCGUGGCACGCACGAUAAUGCCACUCUAUCAACCAACUAUAACUUAUUCUGAAAAAUUCUGAUGUGACUUUGCAACACAUGCAGUUAUUCCGUCUGCAGAAACUAGAAAAUGAGAGUGUUGACUGUA